AUGGGCGUCUAUCCUCCAGUAGCUGGCGGGCCUGUUUACUGGGCGCUCCGCAACAUGUUCAUCGGAGCCCGCCGCUCAUCCCGUCGUCUCAUGCGCGUGUACGACAUGAACUGGGACAUCUCGAAAGUUGUCUGCAAUGGUGUUCCGCGGAACUCGUACAACCCGAGCGUUAACGAGUGGAUCUGGAACGUCGACACAGAUCUGUGGAAUGGCGCGGGAGGCAAGGCCUGGUUCGUUCUCAGCGGGCAGAUCAUGUUCACCUUUUUCUGGUCGUUUGCCCUGUACAGCGUUAUCGAGCGCUGGUACGUCAACGGCAAGAUCGACACUUUCAGUAAGUGGCAAGACCGCGCGACAGAUUAA